GACGGGGCGCCCGCGGCGCGCAGGGUCCCCAGGCUGCCGGCCGCCCCGGGCGCCAUGCGCUGAGCGCGGGGGCCGCCCAGACACCCCCCGAGCUACUGCCCGCGGGCGCCCUGCGGGGCCGGGCCCCCGCCUCGCGGAAAGCUGGAUUUCGGAGCCUGGAGGCGUCUGGCGGGCUGGGUGGGCAGCACCAUGGGCAACGCGGCGGGCAGCGGGGACCACUCCCCGGCCCCAGCCGCCCCGCCCCACAGGCAGCCCGCGGCCCCGAAGCAGCCGAUGCCCGGAGCCGGAGAGCUGGAGGAGAGGUUCAGCCGCGUCCUGAACUGUAUGAACCUGCCCCCGGAUAAGAUACAGCUUCUGAGUCAGUAUGACAGCGAGAAAAAGUGGGAGUUGAUCUGUGACCAGGAGCGGUUUCAAGUCAAGAACCCCCCAGCUGCCUAUAUCCAAAAGCUUAAGAGCUACCUGGAGACAGGUGGAGUCAGCAGAAAGGUGACAGCUGAUUGGAUGACAAACCUGGGGUUUAAGAGGCGAGUCCAGGAAUCCACACAAGUCCUUCGGGAGCUGGAGAUUUCACUGAGGACCAACCACAUUGGGUGGGUUCAGGAGUUCCUAAAUGAGGAGAACCAGGGCCUGGAUGUGCUGCUGGAGUACCUGGCUUUCGCCCAGUGUUCAGUCACGUAUGACAUGGAGAGCAUGGAUAAUGGCAGCCCCAGUCCAGAAAAGAGCAAGCCUUUGGACCAGUCAGUGGAAGAUCUCGGCAAGGGCUCUCCACCUUCCUCCUCCUCCUCCUCCCUGUCCCAGGGCAAGGGUCGCCACCUGACUGUCAGAUGUCCCCCUUCUCCCCGGCUAAACCCAGCUCACAGUCGGAAAACCCUGAGAAACUCCCGCAUUGUCAGCCAGAAGGACGACGUCCACGUGUGCAUCAUGUGUCUCCGUGCAAUCAUGAAUUACCAGUCUGGCUUCAGCCUUGUCAUGAACCAUCCCGCCUGUGUCAACGAGAUCACCUUGAGUCUCAACAACAAGAGUCCCAGGACCAAGGCUCUUGUGCUGGAGCUGCUGGCUGCCGUGUGUCUGGUGCGGGGGGGACACGAGAUCAUUCUGGCUGCCUUUGACAACUUCAAAGAGGUGUGUGGUGAGAAGAACAGGUUUGAGAGGCUGAUGGAGUAUUUCCGGAAUGAAGAUAGCAACAUUGACUUCAUGGUGGCUUGUAUGCAGUUUAUCAACAUCGUGGUGCAUUCCGUGGAGAACAUGAAUUUUCGAGUCUUCUUGCAGUAUGAGUUCACGCACCUGGGCCUGGACGUUUACCUGGAGAGGUUGCGGCUAACAGAGAGUGACAAGCUACAGGUGCAGAUCCAGGCGUAUCUGGAUAACGUGUUUGAUGUGGGUGCCCUCCUGGAGGACACGGAAACUAAGAAUGCCGUUCUGGAGCACAUGGAGGAGCUGCAGGAGCAAGUGGCCUUGCUGACAGAGCGGCUCCGGGAGGCAGAGAACGAGUCCAUGGCCAAGAUCGCUGAGCUGGAGAAGCAGCUGAGCAGUACCCGAAAGGAUCUGGACCUGCUGCGGGAGCGCCACAGUGAGUGUGCCAACAUGGGCACCUCCCAGCUGCCCCCGGACCCCAAGAAGGUACCAGCCCUCAGCCCCGUCCCAGCCCAGCCCUCCACCUUGGAGCUUAAGCUGGAGGAGCUGGAGAGGAAAGGGUUAAUCCGAAUCCUGAGAGGACCUGGAGAAGACAUCACCAUUGAGAUCAUCCCGGUUGUUGUGGCAACCCCCCCUGACACGAUGAUGACGACAAAACCGGAGACACUUGGGGCUCCCGCCUCCCCCUCGGGCACAGAUCUCCCUCCUCCAGCAACUCCUCCCGCUGCACCUGUCUGUCCUGUGCCGCCACCGCCACCGCCGCCACCGCUGCCACAGUCGCCCCCAGUCUCUGCCUCUCCUGCCCCUCAGGAAACCCCACCCUCAGCACCCCCUCCCCCUCCGCCCCUUCCCGGUCACCUGGAUCUGCCCCCUGCCCCACCGUUACCUGGAGCCGAACCGUCCCCAGCACCGCCGCCUCCACCUCCGCCUCCACCAGGGACCUCUGGGACAGUGCCCCCUCCUCCUCCCGGGGGCCUUCCCGGGGUCUUUGGGGGACCCACUCCAGAAACUGGUGCAGUGAAGGCCAAGAAACCUAUUCAGACCAAGUUCCGGAUGCCAGUUUUCAACUGGGUGGCCCUGAAGCCCAGCCAGAUCACAGGCACCGUCUUUACCGAGAUCAACGACGAGAAGGUGCUCCAGGAACUGGAUAUGAGUGAUUUUGAGGAACAGUUCAAAACCAAGUCCCAGGGCCCUUCGUUGGACCUGAAUGCCCUAAAAGUCAAGACAGCACACAAGGCCCCCAGCAAGGUGACGCUCAUCGAGGCGAACCGGGCGAAGAAUCUGGCCAUCACCUUACGCAAAGGCAACCUGAGCACUGACCAGAUCUGCCAGGCCAUCGAGACGUACGACCUGCAGGCCCUCAGCCUGGACUUCCUGGAGCUCCUGACUCGAUUCCUCCCCACCGAGUAUGAGCUGAGCCUCAUUGGACGCUAUGAGAAGGAGCAGCGGCCCGUGGAGGAGCUGUCCGACGAGGACCGGUUCAUGCUGCGCUUCAGCCGCAUCCCCCGCCUGUCGGAGAGGAUGGCUACUCUGGCUUUCCUGGGCAACUUCCCGGACACCGCCCAGCUGCUCAUGCCGCAACUGAACGCCAUUAUCGCCGCUUCCAUAUCCCUCAAGUCUUCUGACAAGCUUCGAAACAUCUUAGAGAUUGUUCUGGCCUUUGGGAAUUACAUGAACAGUAGUAAACGUGGAGCAGCCUAUGGUUUCAGGCUACAGAGCCUUGAUGCACUGCUGGAGAUGAAGUCGACAGAUCGGAAACAGACACUGCUGCACUACCUGGUGAAGGUGAUUGGAGAGAAGUAUCCCAAACUCACCUGUUUCCACGCUGACCUGCACUUUCUGGACAAGGCUGGGGCUGUGUCCCUGGACAGCGUCCUCCAGGACACCCGAGCUCUCCAGCGGGGCAUGGAGCUGGCAAGGAGGGAGUUCAUGCGCCAAGAUGAUAACCCGGUACUGAAGGAGUUCCUGAAGGCCAACAGUCCCAGUAUGGAGAAGCUGUUGGCUGACGGCAAGACAGCCCAGGAGGCCUACGAAUCUGUGGUGGAGUACUUCGGGGAGAAUCCCAAGACCACGCCUCCGUCUAUGUUCUUCCCUGUGUUCAGUCGCUUCGUCAAAGCCUACAAGAAAGCCGAGCAAGAGGUGGAGCAGUGGAAGAAACAGGAGGCAGCAGCCCAGGAGGCCGGGGCUCCAGUCGCGGGUCAGGGGGACUCUGCCGAGCCCAAGACCCAGUCCCCUCCCAAGGCCCGGCGGCAGCAAAUGGACCUCAUUUCGGAACUGAAGAGGAAGCAGCAGAAGGAGCCGCUCAUUUACGAGAGUGACCGGGACGGGGCCAUAGAGGACAUCAUCACCGAUCUUCGGAACCAGCCAUACCGAAGGGCGGACACGGGCCGCCGCAGUGCCCGCCGAAAGCCGCCCGGCCCCUCCCUGCAGGUGACCCCCGACCUCGCACUGUAGCCCGGGCCGCUCGGACCCCUCCCUUCCUCUUCUCCAGUACCCGGCCUCCUGAAGCGGGGCCACGCUAGGUCAGAGCCGCCUGCGCCAGCGGGGACAAGCCGGCUCCUUCACGGCCCCGGAGAGCCCCCUUGUCCGCUUUGGAGAGCAAGGUGCACGGCGACCGUUGGAGUGACCACCAUGAGGAAA